GUAAAUUUUCCAAACCUUAUCAAAAUUCCAACUGAUUUUUGCGCUGUGUAACACUGGCGGAACAGCUGUUCUUGUUUUGGUUUUUCACGGUGCGUGCUGUGUUACGUGCUCUGCACUCCGAUUAAGGAUUUCGAGGGAAGCUAUGAGCGGAUUGCUUCCAAAGUUGUGGCGUCAAUGUGACGCAGUGUUCCUGCACCGGAUCAGCCAGGCACUGCGCGGCGCCGGCGUUAAGCAAAGCCGGUGGAGUGGAGCACGUCUGCUGGCCACCAGUGCGGAUAAGAAUCCAGUCACCGCCCUGCGAGAGUUACCGCACUGCAAUGUAGGCACCAUCGGUCACGUGGACCACGGCAAGACGACACUGACCGCUGCCAUAACUAAGAUACAGUCGCAGAAGGGUCUAGCGGAGUACCUGUCCUAUGACCAGAUUGAUCGAGCGCCCGAGGAGAAGGCGCGCGGCAUAACCAUAAAUGCCUGCCACAUUGGCUACGCCACCACGGAGCGGACAUAUGCCCACACGGACUGCCCUGGUCAUGCGGACUACAUAAAGAACAUGAUCUCGGGAGCCUCCCAAAUGGAUGGCGCCAUCCUCGUAGUGGCCGCCACCGACGGCCAGAUGCCGCAGACGCGCGAGCACCUGCUGCUGGCCAAACAGGUUGGCAUUCAGCGAAUUAUUGUCUUCAUAAACAAAGCCGAUCUGGUGGAUCAGGAGGUCCUCGAACUGGUGGAAAUUGAGAUGCGAGAGAUGUUAAGCGAUUUUGGGUUUGAUGGCGUAAAUAGCCCAGUGAUUUGUGGCUCGGCCUUGCUGGCUCUUCGCGAGGAUAAGUCGGAGUUUGGCGUCCCUUCGAUUGAGAAGCUAUUGGAGCAAUGCGAUUCCUACAUACCAACCCCUCAGCGCGAUGUUAAAGCCCCAUUUAUUCUACCCAUCGACAAUGCUUUUACGGUUCCAGGAAGAGGAACAGUGGUCGUGGGCACCAUAAAAAGGGGUACCAUUCCUCGGAACGCGGAUGCCGAUCUACUGGGUUUUAAUCAAAACCUGAAGACGUCCAUCAGCGACAUCCAGAUCUUCCGGAAAAGCGUACCCCAAGCGCAGGCCGGAGAGAAUGUGGGCGCGCUGCUGCGAGGCAUCAAAAUAUCUGCGGUAGAACGAGGAAUGCUCCUAUGUGCGGCGAGUUCCGAGGAUAUUUCUAACCACUUCGAGGGUUCAAUGUACUUGCUAUCCCGGGCCGAGGGCGGUCGUGUCAAGCCCAUGCUCUCCAAGUAUAUUCAGCAGCUUUUUAGCCAGACGUGGAAUGUUCCUGCACGUAUUGAUAUAGUUCCCAGUGAGGCAAUGCUGAUGCCAGGUGAGCAUGGCCAGGUGCGCGUCACCCUGCUGCGGAAAAUGGUCAUGACGCCUGGUCAGGCUUUUACGAUUCGCGAGAAUGGAGCCACAGUGGCCACCGGAAUGGUAACGCAGCGACUGCCCUCCCUAGACCUGCCCAAAAACAAGCUGUCAAAAGCGCUGGUGGAUUGUUAACGACUCGGAAUUCUAUUUGUACAAAUUCAUAAAUUGCUUUUUAUUACGCGUA